AUAUGGGCGGGCAUUGUGAAGCAGUAGUUGAGAGUUAGCAGGCUAACUAGAGAAAGAAAGCUAACGAAUCGUGAGUGGAAGUAGAGCUAACGUUAAAGGAAAUGACAAAAGUCAAAAGAGCAAGGAGAGUAGACGCUUUAUAGGACUGACACAGUUGUUAGAUGAUUACAUAAACUGGUUUAUAGCUAGUUCAUCAAAGACUGUUUAUUAGAUGCCCGAGGAGCAGUUUGGAUACUACAUCGAUUGUCCCAUUUCCAAACGGAAACCAUUUCUGGACUGAUAGUUCGUGCUAGGUAGCUAGCUAAGUGAAUUACUCAGGAGACUCUUUGUUGUCACCUGAACAUUCAUACUGAAUGUUUUGUCUGUCAUGAGUCCGGCCGGGUGCUCCCAUGUGAACGGUUAUAAGGUGGACAAUUGGAGACAAAAUCUUCGAGUCAUUUACCAAUGCUUUGUUUGGAGUGGUACUGCUGAAACCAGGAGACGAAAGAUUGGAAACAUUUUUGUUAGUACAGACAGAAGAGAAGACAGGAGCGCUGUGAGGAAGAGAGACACAGAAAAAGAGGAGAAAAGAGAGAGGACAGAGGAAGAAAGACAUAUGAGUGAGGCACAACAGGAAAAUCAUCAGGCCAAGUCGUGCAUCUGUCAUAUGUGUGGUGCCCACCUGAACCGACUCCACUCUUGUCUCUACUGCGUCUUUUUUGGCUGUUUUACAAAGAAACACAUCCACGAGCACGCAAAAAACAAACGGCACAAUCUAGCUAUAGACUUAUUAUACGGUGGGAUUUAUUGUUUUGUGUGUCAAGACUACAUAUACGACAAAGACAUGGAACAGAUCGCCAAAGAGGAACAGAGGAAAGCCUGGAAACUGCAAGGCAUUGGGGAGAAAUAUACAACAUGGGAGCCGACCAAGCGGGAGCUAGAGUUAUUUCGACACAAUCCAAAGAGAAGGAAAAUCACUACAAACUGUACCAUAGGUUUACGAGGGCUAAUAAACUUGGGCAACACGUGUUUCAUGAACUGUAUUGUUCAGGCGCUAACACACACACCGCUGCUGCGAGACUUUUUUCUCUCCGACAGACACAAGUGCGAAAUGCAAUCAAACUCCUGUCUGGUGUGUGAGAUGUCACAGCUCUUUCAGGAGUUCUAUUCGGGCCACCGUUCGCCCCACAUUCCCUUCCGGCUGCUGCACCUGGUGUGGACUCAUGCACGUCACCUUGCAGGCUACGAGCAGCAAGACGCGCAUGAGUUUCUUAUUGCAGCCCUGGAUGUACUACAUCGACAUUGCAAAGGAGACACCAUCAAAGAUGACAAUGGGAAAAAGACCAACAAUCCAAAUCACUGUAACUGCAUCAUAGACCAAAUCUUCACCGGGGGCCUGCAAUCAGAUGUUACCUGUCAAGUUUGCCACGGCGUUUCCACAACGAUAGAUCCAUUUUGGGACAUCAGUCUGGAUUUGCCAGGUUCCCCCACGCCUUUCUGGCCCCUCUCCUUCCCUCUAGAGUUGGACAUGACGCCCUUCAUGGCAUCCAGUAAAGAGAGCAGAGUGAAUGGGCAGUAUCAACAGUCGGUUGACGUAUUAAACAACGACAAUAAGUAUUCUUUGUUUGCUGUGGUCAACCACCAAGGCACAUUAGAGAGUGGUCACUACACCAGCUUCAUCCGUCAACACAAAGACCAGUGGUUCAAGUGUGAUGACGCCAUCAUCACCAAGGCCAGCAUUAAGGAUGUGCUUGAUAGCGAAGGGUAUCUCUUGUUCUAUCAUAAACAGUUCCUUGAGUACGAGUAGUUUCUGACACCACUGAGCAUGGAAAGCCACUGCUUCAGAGCGGAGAGUCAAGAGACCCAGGGGCAGGAGAAAGCGCAAACACACAACCCUACCUGAAAUCUUUUGACUACCAGUCUGCUCCUCCAGCUGAGUAGGACAAAAAAAAAAGAGACAUGUAAAAUCAUGCAACUUUUGAAAAGAAACAAACAAAAAAGCACUGAGCUACUUCUUGGCAUCUACUUGACAAAACUGAAUGAAGAGGAGAGUCGGUGGAGCAGUCGGGCAUCGUCACUUCAGGCUUGGGAAGAGAGCCUUGUCCUCCAGCGUCUGCUGCUUCCUGUUCCUGCUGCAGGGGGCAGAGUUUAGACACUUUGGUUUUUUUUUUCUUUCAGUAGUCUGACUCCCUUCCACCUCCCUGGCCUCCUUUUCUCUCCCAUGGUGCUCUCUUUUCAAAUGACCAAGCAUUUAAACUCACUCGUGAUGGAGAACAGUAAGUUGUCAUAUGCAUAAAGGACCCAUUGCAAAAAUAUAUAUAAAUAUAUAAAUAAAUCAGUGUAUUACAAACUUUGCAAGGACCUUUUUAAAGGUAUGGUUAUGAUGUGUAUCAUUUGUGAAUUUAGCUAUGAAAUACUGUACGGAUCUAGUAUAUGUCUAUUUUUUAAGAGCAAUGAAAACAUUGGAGAGCUUAGCGAUCGCUGCCUUUGCCAGUUGCUGGGGAAGUGCUGCCAUGGAAACGAAACGGAUUUGGACCAGAGUGUUCUCAUGUCCAUUUAUUUACUGUUGAUUUCUUUUUUAAAUUCUGGUUGAGGGCAGGGAAUAUCUAUUUUUUUAGCAACUUGUGUCUUCUUUUUGUUUACUGUUCUUUUUCAGUGUAUUUUGAAAGGUUUCAGUACAUUUGCAUGUCCGUAGCUGUCCUGGUAAAGGGGAGUGUGGGAGUAAUGGUGGUGUUGAUUCAUUGGUUUGCCUUUUGGGUUUGAGAACUCGUAUGUUGAACAUGAGCUCCGGCUUCAUUUGGCAUUCUGAGCAGCAGAGCGGUGUGUGGACUCUAGAUACGUCCCAUUUAUGAAGAUGUUCUGUUCUUUUUCAAGGAACUUGUUGAACCUUCUGUAAAAAAGCUCAUUUAACAACCCGGAUGCUGCUUACAAAUCAGCACCAGUAAUGGUUCAAGGCGGGCUGCCAAUCAGACGAUGAGGCAGUGGAAGAGAGUGCGUGAGAUGUAUGGAGGGUGAAACAUAUUGCACACAAGUGGGGGGGAUUAUUUGACCACAGCCUGGCUCUGAAUCCACCAGUGUUAAAAGUUCUCCAUGGCAACUGUGUCUGGUGUGGUUUGUGGCAUGUUUUGCCUCUGCAGUGCAGUAAACUUGAUCCGUGCUGUCCAGUCAGACUAAAGAUGAUGUACUUUACCUGUCAGGGCCACCGAUUGUAAAUGUAUGACACAAGGAAAUGCUCUUUUGUUUAAAAUAAAUAAAACCAGGGCCCUGAUCUAUCAUAGAAUAAUGCCACAUUAUAGUUCGAACCCCCUUUUUUGUAUUUACUUCAUUUUUUGCUGCUGAAAUCAAACAUGCAUAUCUUUUUGUCUGCUGCAGAGUCUGUGUGCAAGGGCAGCGAGAGUGGAAUUCAGCACUUGUAUAAUGGUCACACUAUGGUUUAGAUGCAUCACGGGGCAGUUAAGGCCUUCCAAGGACAUUCAGGGAAACGGCUGAAACGAAAAAGGAAGAGAGCUUCAUUAUCUGUUUCAGUAAUUAAACUCUCAACAAAACUGGAAA